UAGAUUUUAUCCCACUAUGAUGAUGGCAAUAAAACCGAAAGUGAUCAGCACGUACUUGAUGUUAUCGUACUUCUUUCUUUGUUCAUUGGGUCUAACUGAAGAGGAAUUCGAAGCUUUCAAAGGGGAAGACCCUACGCGAUAUUGCUGCAAUAGCGCAAGAUUGAAAACAUGGUGCAAUAGCAUAGGUGGAAAAACGGGAACCAUAACUCCAGGCGAACCAUUUUUAGAAGGAUAUCCAUACUGCGCAGAUGCGAAUAUAAAUGUAGCAAAAGGUAGCGGAGGUGUAAAUAAACCACUCAAAGUAGUCAUUUGUGCGUGGAAAUACCAUUACUAUUACGCUCUUGGCAAGGGCCGAGCUGAUGGCCAUGUCAUGAAUUACCAAUGUCAGAAGGAAACCAAAACGUGCUUACCUUUUAAAGAUGUGCCAUACUCGUAAUUGAUGGAGAAUUGAAAAUCAACUAAAAAUUUAAUGCUGGCAAAUGCUUCUUCCAGCAAUAUCGAAUUUUAGCUAACACUUGAAUUUUUUAAUUAAGAAUAAAGUUGAA